AUGCCCCUUCCCUUUACGCUAAUUUCCACAAGUUCUUCUGACCCAAAAUUUUUGGCUGAAAAAUUUUCAGCCGAAAAUUUUUCAGAUGAAAAUAAUAUUAAUUGGAGGAGUGAAAAGUGGGUUCAAAUUUUUUGCCACGUGGCAUUUUUGGCGCCAAAAUUCAAAAAAAAUUUCAGGAAUCGAAGUUUCCCGCAAAGUUUGAUUUUGGAACUGGAUGAGGAGAGUUUGGUGAGCAGUGUCACAAUCAAAGUGGACCCCGAUUUUUCACGUGAGUCAAAUUUUUUGGCGCCAAAAAAAUUGGAGUACUGUAGAUCAAAUUUACGCGCGAAAACAAUUGAUCUACCAAUUUUCAUUAGAAGUACUGUAACUGUACAAUUUUGGUUCUGAAAAAAAAUCCUACUGUAAUUUGUCUUAACUUUUUUGAUCUAUCUAAAAGAUUACUGUAAAUACAGUAACCGAUUUUCAAGAAAAUUUGUAGAUCAAAUUUUGCGCUUCAAAAAUCCUACAGUAAUCUCAAACUUCAUUUGUACCCAGAUCAUCUGGAAACUACAGUACCUUUCAAAAUGAUUCCCAGAUCUACAGUACUCCUAAAUCUACUGUAGAUAAAAAAUCAAAAAAUCAGGAUACUGUAGAGAUCUUCCUGAUCUACUCAUUCUACAGUAACCAAGGAUUAUACAGUACCCCUCGAAAGUUGAUUUAUGGGUUACUGUGUAAAUACAGUAACCCUCUUCUCAAAAAAAUCUACAGUAAUCUAGAGGAAUUCAUUCGUAGAUCAUCAAAAAUCCAAUAAAUAUUUGAUCUACCUACAGUACCCCUACAGUACCCUUAUCCAUAUUUUUUUUCAUUUUGCAGCUUCCUCACUUACCGUAUCCCUUGGCAUACCUUCGAACCAUUUUCGAAAUUCACGUGGCAAAUCCUAUAACGCCGAUUAUUCGCAACGUCGAGAAAUAUCGUUUCGAGACCCGAAUUCGCCCACUACUGUAGCUACCGUAUUCUUCCACGCGCCUGCAAAAUUCAUCAGGUAGGUCAAAAAAAUUUUUUUCAAAUUUUUCCCCAAAAUUCUCAGUGUUCCCCCAAAAAAUUGGCCAUUCUCUUUCAUUUUUUUCCAAAAAAAAAAAAAUCAAAAGCAAAUAAAAACGACGAGAGAGUGUGGGAAAUGUGGAGAGACGCAGACAUUAUUUACUUUUUGCCACCAUUUUCUAUUUGUGGUUUUUUUCAAGAGUUUCAAUACAUGGUUUUGUGCACUCGGAGCUCAAUCGCUAUCGACAAGUCGGCAUUUUGAGCAUUGAAAUUUCGGGAGCCGGUGAGUUUUUGGACACUUUUUUACCCGCGAAAUUUGAAUUUUGGGCAUUUUUUUACCCCGGAAUGAUUUUCUGAGCAUUUUCCGGGGAUUUUUGCGCAUUUUUUCACCCGCGAAAUUUGAAUUUCGCAAAAAAUUUAGAAAAAAAAUCAAAAUUUAAGCCUGAAAUUCGUUAUCAACGUGAAAUUCCGAGCCAGUAACUGCAAUUUUAGUGAUCUAGAGGUCCUGGUUCGAUCCCCAGUGAGAGCGGUACUUUUUUUCUUUUUUUUUCAUUUUGCAACUUUUCUGAUUCAGAAUUUCACGUAGAUUUCGAUUUUCAGCGUGAAAUUGGCUGAAAAUCGAAAUUUAGUGCUGGAAUUCGAGACGUACGUAAAAGUCUGGCCCAGAAACUGCAUUUUUAGUGAUCUAGAGGUCCUGGUUCGAUCCCCAGUGAGAGCGGUACUUUUUUUCUUUUUUUUUCAUUUUGCAACUUUUCUGAUUCAGAAUUCCACGUAGAUCUCGAUUUUCAGCGUGAAAUUGGCUGAAAAUCAAAAUUUAGUGCUGAAAUUCGUGAUCAACAUGAAAUUCCGAGCCAGAAACUGCAAUUUUAGUGAUCUAGAGGUCCUGGUUCGAUCCAGUGAGAGCAAAACUUUUUUUUCUUGUUUUUUUAUUCCGGGGCUAGUUUUUGACGUGGAUCACGAUUUUCGGCAGCAAAUUUGCUCCAGAGCUCGAUUUGAGCCUGAAAUUCGAGAUCUUCAUGAAAAAAUGAGUCAGAAAACUAUGUUUGAAAUAGCCACGUGGUUUUUCUAGCCCUGAAAAUCUAGAAAAACAUUUUUUUUUGAAAAAAAAAAGUUCCUAUGGGGAAUCGAACCCAUGACCUUUUACUUAGAAAUUUUUCAAACCUAAAAUUUGCCACGUGGAUUUUCUAACCCUGAAAAUCUCGAAAAAAAAAUUUUCUGAAAAAAUAGUUCCCAUGAGGAUUCGAACCCUUGACCUUUCACCUAGAAAUUUUUCAAACCUAAAUUUCGCCACGUCGAUUUUCUAGCUAAAAAAAAUUUUUUUUUUAAUUUUUUUUUGAAAAUAACAGUUCCCAUGGGGAUUUGAACCCGUGACCUUCUACUCAAUAAAUUUGAACAGUUGAUUUUUAGCGCCAAAUUUUGAAAAUUCAAAUUUUUUUUCUUCGCCGUGAGAACAAAACAAUUUUUCCGGGAAAAGAAACAAAAUUUUGUUUAUUUUGAAUAAAUUUUCCAAUUUUUUUCCAAAAUUUCGUCAUUUCCAUAUUAAAAAAUGGCCAGAAAAAGCAUUCCAAUUUUAGAUUUUUCCGAAUUUUUGAGAAAUGGGAGUUCGGGUAAGUCUCCAAGGAAAAAAACAAAAAAAAAAGUUGUAGCGCCCAUGGGGAAUCGAACCUACAGUACUCUUUUUCCAGGCGAGAUCCCAGCAAUUGAAAGUCUUAAAGGCGCAGAAGAAGAGCAAGAAGGCACUGCAAAAAUGAACUACGGUCUACUUUUACCGCUGAAAAAUGUGAGUUUGAAAUUUUUUUUUGAAUUUUCAAAUUCAUUUUUCGGCGCGAAAAAUCCGAAUUCAAAAAAAAAUAUUUUUUUUACCUCAUAAUUUUGUUCCCCCUUUUCCCAAUCAAUAACAGAUUAUCCCCUUUUUAGUCACCACAAAAAAAUAUGAAAAAAAAAUAUUUUCGUCUGACUCUCUGCACCCUCUCACCCAAUUUUCAUCUCUCGCCUCUUCCUCACAUAUUUUUCCAGGUGUGUGUCUUUUGUUGUUGGAAUUUUUUAGUUUUUUUUUCCUUUUGGCAUUUUUUUUGUUUGUUGUGUAGUUCUCGAGGAGAAGUUUUAUUGAUUUUUAGUUCGGAACUUUUUUGGCUCAAAAAAAUUAUUUUUUAAACUUUCAGACUGAAAUUUUGCGCUGAAAAUCAUGAAAAUACUGAUUUUCAGCUAUUUUCAGCAAUUCCAUGAUUCUCAGCACAAAAUUUGGGCCUAGAAACCUGUCAAAAACUACUGUAGAAAAUUGUGCCAAAAAUUCUGAAAAAAUGGAUCAGCUAGGACUACUGUAGAAAAUAAAUUUUCUAGACUGAAAUUUUGCGCUGAAAAUUAUGAAAAUACUGAUUUUCAGCUAUUUUCAGCAAUUCCAUGAUUUUCAGCACAAAAUUUGUGUCUAGAACCAGUCUGUAGAAAAUUGUGCCGAAAAUUCCGAAAAAAUGGAUCAGCUAGGACUACUGUAGAAAUUGAACUUUCUAGACUGAAAUUUCGCGCUGAAAAUCAUGAAAACAUGGUUUUCCAGCGAUUUUCAGCAAUUUCCUGAUUUUCAGCACAAAAAUUGAGUCUAGAAACAUGUCAAAAGCUAUUGUAGAAAAUUGUGCCAAAAAUUCUGAAAAAAUGGAUCAACUGUAGAAAAUGAACUUUCUAGACUGAAAUUUCGCGCUGAAAAUCAUGGAAAUAUUGAUUUUCAGUCAAAAUUCGUUUUGACGCUGAAAAUGCCACGUGUCUUUCAGAAAAUGCCCACACAAAAAUCCAAAAACUUGAUCCAUCUCUACGAAUCGGAUUCCGACGAUGAAGAAAUCCUAUUUUCCCGCGAAAUGGUAGAUCGACUCAGGAAAAAAGAGGAGCACUACAGUAAUCUUCUGGUAGGUCAAAAAUUUUCGCGCGAAAAAAAAUAUCUACAGUACUCUUUGCAGCCCUCAGUUGACACGUCACAAGCGUCGACGUCAUCCACCAAAAGUCUAUCGCCACCGAUUUCGGAAAAGUGAGAGGGUUACUGUAUCUAUACAGUACUCUACAGUAAUAUUUUACAGACAUCAACAACAACAAAUUUUGGCUGAAAUUGCUGGACCGGCCCAGAAAAAUCUGGAAUUGCAAUUUUCGGCCCGAAUGGCCGAGUUUAAUAAUUUGGAGAGGAUUUUGGCGAGGAAACGGGAAGCGGCGAUUUUUGAGCAAAAGUGAGUGGGUUACUGUAGUUGGGGUACUGUAUAUCAAAAUUUUCUUCUUGUUUUUUGAUGGUUACUGUAGUUAGAACCUACAUUAGCCCAGAAAAAUUUGGACUACAGUAAUCUGAAGUUUGAAAUUACUGUAGAGAGUACUGUAGAUCGGAGAUUUCAGGAUUACUGUAGACUAUUGUUUGGAGUACUGUAGAUCAAAUAUUCCAGUUCCUGGUUGUCUCAAAAUUACUGUAAAUCUGGACUACUGUAGUCUGAAGCCUAAAUACAGUAAUCUGAAAUUCAAAGAUGAUUGGGUUACUGUAGAGCUUAGAAGUACUGUAGUUUUUUUUCCCAGAUACGCUUUGGCGUCCGAAGUCGACAAAGUUCUGCUGGACCUCAAAUCGCGCCGCACCGGCCUCCAAGAAUUGAUUGCGGAACGCGAAGCGGCACUCGCGGAAAACAACUUGCCGCAAGCGGAAAUCGCGCGAAUCCGCUUCGACCGCAACAUGAGCGAUGCGUUGCAUUCGGAUGAGGUUUUGAAUGUGCUGGAUGGUGCGGAUUUGGCGCGAUUGGGAAUUUCAUGA